AUGUCGUCUCGAAUUGAAAAACGGUCGCAGCCUGUCCGCCCGAUUUCCGCGUCCUCCGUUCGUCGUGAACGCCUGGCUGAAACCAUUGUUCUUGAGGGUUUCGAAGUCAUGCCGUGUUCUUCCUGUAAGGCCCGCGGCCACUCGUGUCGCAUGAUCUCAUCGAAUUCUCGAUGUAGCGAAUGUGUUCGUCGUGGUCGGAAGUGUGAUGCUACUUCCGUUCCUAUAACCAAUUUGGGUCGAUUGAAUCAAGAAAAGAAAAAGUUGGAGUUGCAGGAGUCUGAGGUCGAGGACGACAUUCUCCGUGUGCAACAGGAGAUUGCGCGCUUGCAGCGAGAAUCGUCUGAGAAGUUCAAUCGGUUGUUGCGAUUACGCAAACAGAAGCGCCUUCUCCAAUCUCGCAGCGAGGCUGAAGCUGUCUGUUUGGAUGCUGAGUUGUCGGUAGAGGAUGCUGUGGAAAGGGAUCGUUUGGGGGUCGACGAAUUGCCCUUCGAUGGUCCUUCUGAGUCAGGUCUGGUUCCUGAGCUGCGUUCCCUGGGUCACGUCGAUGUUGUCGACUGGUCCUCGGUGUUGGGUGCUGAUCCGCAAGACUGGGUUUUCGCAGAUUUAGCCCCUGGAAAUGAUCCAACUCCUGGUAAUAUUAACGGAGUGGUCCCUGGCAAUUCUGGAGGUGGCUGA